AUGAGCUCCUCUGAGGAUAACGACAGUGGUGCGGAGGAGGUCACACUAAAUGGGGAUGAGAUCAAUGGCAGGGCACAUACGCCUACACAAUCUACCAACAAAGAUGGUGCAAUCCCGGCCGGGGCGAUAGCGGAACUAUUGCAGGAGGAGAGAGAAGCUGCUCCAACGCGGCAGCAACUGGGCAAUGGCGUCAAUCAUUACAAGGCUGUUCUACAGACAGAUGAUGCUUCUGAAGAUGGGUCAUUGGAAGCUAUGCCACGAAGGACUGGGAGCCCUAUCGAUUCCUUACUUUCUGUGCCAGACGAUUCCCCCUCAGUUCAGGGCUCCGUACUUUCUUCUCCUGGUGGAAGCAGUAUCCUACCCUCGGUGGCCUCUAGACCCGGCCUUGAGAGCCCAACACCAUCCUUCCGACCCUUUGACAGGCGUUUCCAAUCACGCCUCUCCUCCUCUACCUUUACCCCACCACGAGCCUCCUCCCCCGCCUUUCUUAGAAGCCAUACUCGCAAUGCCUCUCUCACCAGUACACUACUGCCAGGUUCUGGGGACACCGACACUCCGUCCCCGCCAUGGGAAGUUAUACGAUGGACUAAGCUCAAGAAAAUGAACGGACAAGCGUUUUCCGAGGUUGGAAAACGAAACUUUGGCGUGGUGACGUGUAUAUCAGUCUCUGCUUCGAUUGUUCUGGGAACCUCGAAAGGAAUAAUUUUAAUUUUUGAUUAUCAUCAAAACCUCAAAUCCAUAAUAGGGCCGGGGACGAAGGCCGUCGAAUCCGGUGCUAUUACCUCCGUUGCAAUAUCGGCCGAUCACUUGAUCAUUGCUGGUGGCCAUGCUAAUGGGAGUAUUUUCACGUGGGAAACCGCAAGGGCUGCAAAGCCUUUCUUGCAUAUUCCCAGUCUGGAGCCUGCGCAGAUGAUAAAUAGAACUGUUGAUGGCCAUGUACCAAACGUUGCUAUCCGACAUCUCGGAUUUCUGGGGACCAGACAUACAGCACUUGUCUCAGCGGACGACCGUGGUAUGGCCUUCUCGCACCUUGCAACGAGAGGCACCGGGGCUUUGGGGCGAACCGUUAAAACGACACGGAUACUAGGUCGAUAUCCCAAUGAUCUUGCUACGACAGGAAAGCCAAGAAAGCCGAGCACGGUUCUUGCUUUCGCCCCUCUUCCUCUUGGAAACGUCGAGCGAGACACUGAUACAAUGGGACUGACUGCCAUGCUUACUCCCUACUUGCUCGUGAUCGUAUCAACGACUCCUAUUGCCCAAACACAACACAAAGCUGCGCGUCCAAAAGAAGUAGCUGCUCACAGCGCCUUGAGUGGAUGCCUUGCAUGGUUUCCGGCAGUCAAGUUAAAAGUCAAAGACCCCAAAACUGGGAGUGAUUUCUCGAAGGUCAAGCUCGUCUACUGCUGGUCGAAUGUUUUGACUGUUCUGGAUGUUGACGAAAUCGAGUCUUCGAAUAAGGAUAAACCCUCGACUCUUUCUUUCAAACCUCGCAGUCGAUGGAAGGCCGAAGAAGCCAUCGUCGCAGUGCAAUGGCUAAGUCGGUCCGUUCUGACUGUUUUGACUAUCACCCAAAGAUUGAUAAUACUUGAAGAUGGAAGUAUGCGCAUGACUGAGGCUUUUGAUCUCGUCCACAAGCAUAUUUACCAUCAGGAUCUCUUCUCGAAACAGUUGCACACUCUGGUCGAACAACUGGAUGAAGAGGAUCCUUCCAUGCAUGGUGUUGUGGCGGACGCAUUUUACAUGAGUUUCAAGGCUUACAAGAGCCGAAUGUUCCUUCUAGGCUUCAAUGAUGUCUCUAUUGGGACAUUGUCUAAUUGGGCGGACAGGCUCAUUGCCCUGAUGGAGGACGGUGACUAUAUUGGCGCAAUUCAGCUCGCGACAUCCUAUUAUACCGGAGAUGCCGACAAACUUACAAUCGGCCUACCAGAAGAUACUGACUUGCGUCACUCAAUGGUCCAAGACAAACUUCUGGAGAUCAUGACAGCCUCUCUGAAAUUUGCUUUUGGUCAACGCCAGAAAGAGCCUGCUUUCGCCAAUGACGAGCAUCUGAAGGCUUUGGCUAUGGCCUGUUUCGAUGCUUGUCUCAGCAUCGAUGAUAUUGACUACCUCUUUGACGAGGCAUUCGCAUGGUACGAAGACGGAGAUUCGGAAGGAAUCUUCCUCGAAACUCUUGAGCCUCAUAUUUUGGAGAAACGCAUUACAAUGAUACCGCCCAUUGUUGUGAAGGCUAUGGUGACCCAUUUUGUUAGCAAAGGCCUGGAGAGUCGUCUCGAAGAGAUGAUAUGCAACAUGGAAACAUCAACCCUCGACAUAGACCAAGUCACAACGUUAUGCAAGCAGCACAACCUCUACGACGCCCUCGUCUACGUUUGGAACCAAGCACUUCAUGAUUACAUUACGCCCCUGGUCGACCUUUUGUCGCUUUUGAUACCCUUUGUGCAGAACGGAGACUACUUUAAUAAUGGAAAUGUUAUGGAGGAUCCCAUAUUCCGUGCCAAUGCUUUGAAGAUGUUCCCCUACUUGUCUUACACUUUCACUGGCCGAGUUUACCCAACCGGCAAGAGCCUUGGAGAGCAGGAGGCCCUCAAUGCCAAAGCGGAGCUUUAUUGGUUUAUCUUCUCUGGGAAGACAAUCUCUUGGCCAAAGGGGAGUGGAAAGCCUUUCAUAACGCAGCCCAACGAAUCCUUCGAACCCUCCUUUCCGUAUCUCCGGAUGAUCUUAAAGUUCGACGCGCCCAGUUUCCUAAGUGCCCUCAACGAGGCUUUUGAGGAUUCAUUCCUCAACGACAGUCCAGAGCGAGCAGUUAAUGGCGGCUCCAACCGCGACAUGACCGAGGAGCACGUUUUCGGGCUUUCUGUGAAUCGACAAUACGUAGUCACUAUUCUGCUGGAAGUCAUGAACCCAAGCGAAUUUGCAGCCAAAGACACUAUCUAUCUGGAUAUGUUCAUUGCACGGAAUCUCCCAAAGUUUCCGCAGUACCUGCUUCUGUCCGGAACGGCUUUGCAUAAAGUUCUCGCAGGCUUGUGCAAUUAUCCGGGCGAGGAUCUAGCGGAUGAUGCUCAACUGAGCGCCGAGUACCUGCUGUCAGUAUAUCACCCUCCGGAUCUCGAAGCUCUCAUUCCGUUAUUUGAGAAAGCUGGAUUCUACCGUGUCCUUAAGAGCAUCUACAAAUCAGACAAGCAGUACAAUAAACUUAUUCAAACCUACUUCGAAGAUCCCGAUGAUCAAGAAGGUGUCUUUGAAUGCAUAGCUUCCUGUUUACGGCCACGCUCAGGGUUGACGAAGCGCCAAGUCCGAGAUGUUCACGAGGUUGUUGAAGCGCAUGCCAGCGACCUCGUUCAUCUCGAUGCUGUCAGGGCUGCCCAGACCAUGGAGGCAUAUGUCCCAUCGUUACACAAGAAAAUCUUGGACUCCUUGCCAGAUGACUCUGAACUGCAGUAUAUGUAUUUGCACACCAUCUUUGAGCCUAAAUCGAAGGACACCGAAGAUACGUCGCAUCCUUCCCAUCCUGAGUUCACGGAGAAGUAUGUCCAAUUGAUGUGCAAAUUCGACUCAUCACACGUCGCGGCUUAUGUGGAGCUUGUGCAAGCAAGCGAUCUGCGUCUCGAUAAAGUCUUGCCGUACAUGGAAGAGAGCGGCGUUAUCGAUGCAGCUGUCGUCCUCAUGGCUCGUGAGGGUCAAAUACAAGAAGCGAUGAAUAGGCUCGUCAAGCAUUUGACAAAAUUAGAGAGUGCUUUGCUGGGCCUUCUAAGCAGCUCGGUCGAGGACAUGCAGUCGAUGCACGCUGGAGAAGCGAUUGAGGAUCUGCUAGAGGCUCUGCAGAAAUACACCAACGUGGGAAUCUGGCUUUGCCAAAGCCAGAUGAAGAGUCAAUCACCACGUGGGAUCAUGUCUCUAGUCCGGCGGAAAUCAUCAACGAAGAGUGAGCUCCUUCCUGAGGAACUACUCUGGCUGGACCUCAUCGACACCGCUGUUCAAAUUACACGGAAACUCUCAGCAAGCUUGAGCGAUCUCGAAGACUCGAAAGCGAUAGAAUUUGACCACGACAAACUACUUUCGCAGCUGAGGACCCUCGUCCAGCGCACUUUCACGUCAAUGUUAACUUCAACCUCGACGCCAUCUCCAUCCACUACUUCACUCUCCUUCCUUCGCAUCCUGCGAGCCUUCCUCACUCGCGCCUCAUUAUCCUCACCCAACCUCAGCGAUCUCCGCGCGGUUCUCGCAUCCAUCUUCUCAGCUUACACCUACGAAGAGUCAAUCCUUUCUCUCGCCAACCGCUUGCUCGAGAAGGAUCUCUUUGUCAACGUAAAAAGUGCUACAGAGUUGAGGCAAAGAGGCUGGAGACCGAGAGGCAGCACGUGUGAGGGGUGUGGGCGAAGGGUAUGGGGACCAGGGGUGUCAGGAGAUGUGUUUGCCAAGUGGGAAGAAAGAGAAGAACUCGAUCUCAAACGAAGGAAAGAACGUAGGGCCGAGAUGGCAGGUGGCCAAGUCGAACGCGGCAAGGGGCGAGCUCAUCAGCGGAACAUCAGCAAGGCGAGCAUUAUCGAACCUCCGAAAUCUAAAGGAAUAGGUGUAGCGGGCGACCCGAACGCGGAUGCCGAGGACGAGUAUGGUAUUCAAGGCGAAGAGGGGGUCGGGAAGGCGCAGGUGGAGUUGGAACCACUGGUUGUAUUGGCUUGCAGACAUGUGUAUCAUCAGAGUUGCUUGGAGGCGAUGCAGCCUGCUGAUGAGAGUGCUUCUCCCGAUGGGAGAGAGUUCAGAUGUCCGAUAGAUGGAUAG